AUGGACGAGCCCCCCAAUACUGCUACUGCUACUACUGCUAUUACUACCACCACUACUGCUACUACCACCACCACCACCACCGCCACCAUGCCCGCCCCCCUCGGCUCGCACCUCACCCGCACCCUGCGCGCCUUCCAGAUCUACGGCGCAAACACAAACGUCGGCAAGACAAUCUUCUCGACGAUCCUCGCAAAGGCCAGCCGGCGGCACUUCCCGGCCGAGCACGUCUUCUACCUCAAGCCCGUGUCCACGGGCGCCCCGGAAGACGCGGACGACGGCCAUGUGGCCCGCUUCGCGGCCGCGGAGGGCGUGCGCGCAGAGUGCCUGCUGCAGUACAGCGACCCGGUCAGCCCGCAUCUGGUCGCUGUCGAGCCGCCCACGGACGAAUCAUUGCUCUCGACGAUCCGCAGCCGCAUCGCAGCCUACCGCACGCCAACGCCGUCAACGCUGCUCCUCGAAACCGCCGGCGGCGUGCACUCGCCCACGCUGUCGGGCGCCUCGCAGGCCGACCUCUACCGCCCGCUGCGGCUGCCCGUGCUGCUCGUCGCCGACGCGCGCCUCGGCGGCAUCUCGGCGUCCAUCGCGGCGUUCGAGUGCCUGCACAUGCGCGGCUACGACGUCGAGGGCGUGCUGCUGUUCGCCGACGCGUACUACCGCAACGACGGGUAUCUGCGGCGGUAUUUCGCGAGGCGCGGGAUCAGCACUGUUGUUGUGCCUGCGCCGCCGCCGCCGCCGCCCCGGGAGGAGGAGGAGGGCGACCAAGACCGCGAGGCGAUGCAGAGCUACUAUGAAGCGCGGUGCGGCGACGCGGCCGUGCGCGAGAUGCUGCUCGGCCUCAAGCGCGGCCACGACCGCCGCAUCGAGAAGCUGGCGGGGAUGGCGGACGAGGCCGUGGGCACGAUCUGGUACCCGUUCACGCAGCACCGGGGGCUCGCCGCGGGCGCCGUCGCGGCCAUCGAUUCUGCGCACGGCGACUUCUUCCAGACAUACGCCGGCGGCGGGGAGGAGGAUGAUGCCCUGCUGGGCGCGACGUUCGACGGGUCUGCGUCGUGGUGGACGCAGGGGCUCGGCCACGCGAAUCCUGAGCUGACGCUGGCCGCGGCGUAUGCGGCCGGCCGCUACGGGCAUGUCAUGUUUGCGAACGCGGUGCAUGAGCCCGGGCUUGAGCUGGCAAAGACGCUGCUGGCGGGGCUCUCGGGGCCGGGGGGGAGGAUGGCGAGGGUGUUUUAUUCGGACAAUGGCAGCACGGGGUGCGAGGUUGCCGUCAAGAUGGGGCUGAGGGCGUCGCGCGCCCGGUAUGGGUGGGACCACAGGCAGCGGGAGGCGGGGGUCAUUGGGCUCAAGGGCAGCUACCACGGCGAUACGAUCGGCGUGAUGGACUGUGCGGAGCCGGGCGUGUACAAUGGCGAGGCGGAAUGGUACCGUGGGAGGGGCCACUGGUUCGAUUUCCCAAAGGUGGGCAUGAAGAGGGGCCGCUGGACCAUUGAGGUGCCCGAAGAGAUGCGGGCCGAUCUGGGACCGGACGUGGCAAUGGCGAGCCUGAGCGACAUCUUCGACCUCCAGCACAGAACCGCCUCGGAGCUGGGGAAAAGCUACCAGAAACACAUCCUCAAGACGCUGGAGCGCCUCACGCAAGCCGAGGGCCGCCGCUUCGGCGCAGCAAUCAUCGAGCCCCUCGUCCUCGGCGCCGGCGGCAUGCUCUUCUGCGACCCGCUCUUCCAACACACGCUGGUCGCCACCAUCCGCGGCCACCCCGGCCUCUUCUCCCCCGCCGCCGCCGCCCCAGCAGACAGCAACGCCUGGUCCGGGCUGCCCGUCAUCUUCGACGAGGUCUUCACAGGCAUGUACCGCCUGGGGCGGCUCAGCGCGGCGUCGUUCCUGCAGACCGAGGCCGACAUCAGCGUCCAUGCCAAGCUGCUGACGGGCGGGCUGCUGCCGCUGUGCGCGACGCUGGCGAGCGAGAGUGUUUUUGGCGCGUUCCUGGGCGGCGAGAAGAAGGACGCGCUGCUGCAUGGGCAUAGCUAUACGGCGCAUGCGGUCGGGUGCAGCGUUGCGAGGGAGAGCGUGCGGAUGUUGGUGGGCAUGGAUGAGCGCGGGGACUGGGCGGCGGCGAAGGCGGAUUGGAGGCAGGAGGGGGAGGAGGUGGGGGAGGUGGGGGAGGUUUGGAGUGUGUGGACGAGGGCGUUUGUGGAGAGGGUGUCGUUCAUAGGGGAGGUGGAGAGUGUGUGGGCGCUGGGGAGCGUCCUGGCUGUAAAUCUGAGGGCGGGUGAUAAUGCGGGAUACUCGUCGGAUGCGGCGCAGGGGUUCCUGCAGAAGAUGGGCUCUAGGGACUCGAGGGAGUGGAACGUCCAUGCGAGGGCGCUGGGUAACGUGGUUUACAUCAUGGCGAGCCAGACGACGGGGGCGAAGACGGUCGAGGUGAUGCAGGAGGAGAUCCUGAAAGCUCUUGGGGCUUGA